AUGUCUUACAAUGGGCGCAUGAGCAUGGCGCGGACUACGCAGCACAACCAGCGCGCGCCGCCUGCAAACGAACACGACGCUUUCAUGACCUUGCCCGAUCACGAAAUUGCAGGCUGCAUCUCAGAUAUCGGAAUCCAGUUCAGCGUCUCCGACCUGCAGAAACCAAACCCCCAAAUCAUCCAGAAAGUUUUCGAAUGGCUCGCCGAGCUACUCAUGAACACGACGCGCGAGGUCGUUGCGCCGGCAAUGCGCGCUGCGGCGGAAGACAUGUGCGGUGGCGAUGCGGAGAGACUCUAUACAAGCGACACCAGGGAUCUGAUGGCCUUCUUCGUCAUCCUGAGGAAGUUGCUUCGCGAAUGUGGCAUCCACGACUUCACUUUCAACGACCUGUACAAGCCCACGCACGGUCGUCUGGUCAAGAUCUUCUCGUACAUGAUCAACUUCAUUCGCUUCCGGGAAUCUCAAACCGAAAUCAUAGACGAGCACUUCAACAAGGCCGAGCGCACGAAGCUACGAAUCGAGCAGCUAUACGAUGACAAGCAAGCAAAAGAGAUGCAGUUGGCUGAGCUCGAGCGCAACCGCGCGGCGACACAAAGGCUGAUGCAAGAGAAAGAGAAGCGCAACAACGAACUCAAGAGCAGGCUGCUAGAGUUGAAGAGGGGUCAAGAAGCGGUUGCAGAGAAACUUGAGCGUGCUAAAGCUGAGCAAGACAGGUUGAAGAAGCUGCUGCAACAGAAAGUGGAGAACAAGGAGAACGUGCAACGCGAGGUCAUCAAGCUGAAGCCGUACACACAACAGAGCCCCACUGCGUUGGAGGACUCCCUGCGGGACCUCAGCGAUCGACUGACCGGGGACAAGACUCAGAUCGACAUGCUGGACCGCCGUGCUCGUGCCCUGCAGACAUCCACCGACUCAUUUGCUGUAGUUGCGACCGAUGUUACUUCGUGCACACGAUUACUUACAGACGUACAAGCCGAUUUGUCGCGCGAGGAAGAGGAGCUGGCAAAGGCAUCAAGACAUCGAGAUGCAUUAGCAGACCGAAGCAACAACGUACGCGACGUUGAACGACAAGAACGAUUGCUACAGAAACAACUCGGCAAUAUCAACGCCCGAACAAACAAAUUGAAGACCAAAGGCGACGAAGAAGCGGAACGAGCGCGCAAACGGAUGGAGGAGCUACGCGAGACACAUGCGAAGUUGACUGAAGAGCGAGGUGAGAAAGGACGGGAAAUGGAGAGGAGGCGCGUACGCAUCGAACAGACGGAGAAGAAGAUGGCUGAGCUCAAGGACAACAUUGAGAACGAGGUGCACGCUGCUCAUGACGAGUAUCUUAAGAUGGAAAGCCAUAUCAAGCUCUACAUUACGGAGAUGGAGCAAAGCAUCUGA